AUGAUCAAAGCUUCGUGUCUUAGUUCUAACAGACCCUUAUCGGGGCAGUUGUAUAAAUACACCAAUGUUGUGAAGGGUUGGCAACAAAGAUGGUUUGCUGUGGAUCCAGAAACUGGAAUUCUUACGUAUUAUUUGUUUGAUGGUCCGGGUGAUACAGUACAGCCAGGGCAACCAGCUAGAGGAGAGGCACAUUUAGCUGGGGCUGUGAUUUGUCCAAGCGAUGAAGACUCAAAAACCUUUACCAUAAACUGUGCUUCAGGAGACAUGCUAAAACUAAGGGCAACAGAUGCAAGGGCUCGACAAGAAUGGGUUAAUGGUUUGAGAGCAAUUGCAGAAGUACAUACAAAGGCAAUGGGAGCUAAUCCACCAUUGCAGCCAAGAGAGCAACUAGCUGUUCAUGAUGCUAUGGCUUCAGCUAGGCAGCAGCUUCAGACUACUGAGCUUAGUGAUGCCGCAUUAGCCAGAUGCAUAGAAUCAUCAGAUUCACCCUUUACACACACUGAUCCAGACUUAUUACUGCUGAAGGCAACUUCUGCUGCGAGUAUGCAGUGCCUACUACAAUGUUUAGGUAUAUUAAUGCGCCAACAGCAAUAUGCCACUGCUACUAUUAAGAAUUCUAACAAUGAUUCUCACUGA